GCCACAAUCCAAGCUCUUUGGAGGCAAGAACUAUGAUUUGGGUGUCUGCGCUCCUGUGAUGGGCAAUCUGGCAGGCAGCAGGUAUCCACCAAAGAAAGAAUGAAGCCAGGAGAGGGUGGUACACCACUCCAAUGGGCUCAGCCCUUUACUGGUUUUAAAGAAUGUCCCUCUCUCUGCAUCACUAGAUUUAAUCCUCAUGGCACCCUUGAGUCAUAAGGAGGACAAAGGAGGAAACUGAUGCAUCAGGCAGUCAAUAAGUGGAGGAACUGAGACUCAAGCCCAGGACACCAGCCCCAAUUGGAGAGGGCCACGCAUGCUCCAUGGCUCUUUCUUCUCCGUGCAUGGAUUUCCACACUACCUGAAUUGAGGAACAGGUUGUUUUCCUCACUAUUGGUUGUGCUGAGUGUAGACACCGGGCCAAGGACAGCCUCCAUGCAGUCUGUGUCAAUUCCAGAAGUCUAGCCUGUCGCAAUCCUCCCCACAGAAUGAACUUCUGCUUAAGGAGCCAGACAGACCUGUUGAAUCUCCCUAGCUCCUUCAAAAGCCCAUGGAAAGCAUUCAGUUUCAGACCAAGGACCCCAGAGGAUGAAGGCCCCUCAGUGGUGGCCACUGGUCACUGUGCUCAAGGCUAUGGCUCAUUGUCUGGUUAGCCAUGAACAUUCCGAUCUCACCGACUCCGAGUCCCAGGACAGCCUUCCUGGACCUGCUCUGCCCUGCCACAAAAUUUCUGUGGGCAACAUAGACUUUGCCUUCAGCCUCUACAGACAGUUGGCUUUGGAUGCCCCUGGAGAGAACAUUCUCAUCUCCCCAGUGAUCAUCUCCUCAGCCCUGGCCAAGCUUUUCCUUGGAGCCCCAGCAGCCAACAGGACCCAACUCCUGGAAGGCCUGGGGUUCAACCUCACCAUGUUACCCGAGGUCGAGAUUCAGGAGGGUUUUCAGGAUUUGUCGCUCAGGCUUCCUGCACAGGACCCCCAGCUCCUCCUGACCAUGGGCCAGAGAACCUUCCAUGGCCUGGGUGGGGGGGCCAUUCAGGACCCCAUGGAGGCCCAGAAACACAUCCAGGAGCAUGCAGAGAAGCAGAGCCAGGGGAAUCUUGGAGCCUGGGUGGAGGAGCUCGGGAACCAGACUGCAGCGGUCCUCUUGAACCUCAUUCUCCUCAGAGCCAGGUGGGCGCGACCCUUUGACCCGCAUGCCACCAGCCUGAAGGAGUUCUUUGUGAACGAGCACAGGCCCGUGCAAGUCCGCAUGAUGAAGCAGAAGGCCCGCCACCGCUUCCUCCACGACCCGGCGCUGCAGUGCACCGUGCUGCAGAUGCAGCAUGCGGCCAACGCCACCACCUUCUUCAUCUUCCCCAACCGUGGCAAGCUGGGGCAGCUGGAAGGCGCUCUGCUGCCCGAAACGCUGAUCCAGUGGGACCGUUUGCUCAGGACGAGGGAACUCGAUUUCUACUUCCCCAGAUUCUCCAUUGCCAGCACCUACAGCCUGGAGAGGCUCCUCCCCCACGUGACGGUGCGCGGAGGCUCCCCAGGGAAGCCCACCCUGACCGUCUCUAAAGUCACUCACAAGGCCGUGAUGACUCUGGAUGAGCAAGGCUUAGAGGCUGCUGCUACCACCAGCAUUCAGCUCACUCCCAAGGCGCCCCCUAACCUUGACCCCACAGCCCCUCCAGGCACUGAGUUCAGUCGACCCUUCCUGGUGAUGACGUUCCACACAGAAACAGGAAGCAUGCUUUUUCUGGGCAAGAUUGUAAACCCGUUGGGAUAAUGCUUGCUUGGAGGUGCUGGACAAAGAAAACAGAGCAGGGGAACGAAUCAGCACCCAAGCUUCUGCAUGGCCCUGGAGACGUCACCAGCCCAUCCGGGAUCCCAUUUCUUCACCUGGAGGUGAAACGGAAUAUUUUGAAGAAGCGAUGAUGGCAGGUACCCUUGUACAAGCUUCAUGCAGCCAUGAAAAUAACCAGCUGCCCCCAUGCGAGGAGCUUCUCUUGCAGAAUCAAGUUGCAUGAGAUAUUAUGUAUACCCUGGUUCAUUCUCCGGGUUUCAUGGGGUCCUAUGGGAUGAAGGGGUGAAGAGGGAUAAAGGCUAUGCCACUGAAUGAACACCCACUAUAUACCAGGUGCUUUAUAUAGUUUAUCUCAUUUUAAAAUUAAUUCCCACAACAACACAACAAGGUAUUAGGUUGGACAACAGGAAACUGAUUAUAUUUGGCUAUUUUUAGUAACCUCCAAAAACAGGGACAAUUUCAUAUGGUUCUGCCAAAUAUUAUUUCUCCCCCUCCUUAGCUGAGGAUCAGAGCUUACGAGACACACCCAGCUCACCAGCUGGUAAACAGCACAGCUGGGAUUCAGCAUGUUUUAUUUCAAAGCCUAGACUCUAUUCUCAUCCAUUCUGCUCACUCAGUGAUUCUCAGACUUUUUUGUGUGGGGAUACCUGAGAAUCUUGGAAAAUAACAAACAGAUUUUGAAUCACUAGGUCUGGGCUGGGGCCUGAGGUCCAGCAUUCCUCCCAAGGUCCCAGGGAUGCUGAGGCUGUGGGGCAGGUGACCCCAGUUGGAGUGGCUGGUGCUAAAUGCUCUUGUCCCCAGGACCCAAGGAGGGGUUCAGCUGUGUGAUCAGCAGGGAAGAGGAGUGGCCCUGGCCCUUCAGGGCAGGUGUGCAGCUGAGCACAGUUUGGACAAUACCUUGUUUGAAACCUGCAGACAAAGCUUGUUUUAGGGUCACCUAUUAAUGAGCAUAUGGGGAAAAUAAGUAUCCUAAAUAAAGGCUUCUUGCCUGUGUAA